AUGUCAUCCGACGAUAAUUGGUCGCAACCGGCGGAUGAGGCGCUGUCCUUAUCGCUUGUGUCGCCUUCGGCGACCGGUCUCAAGACCAUCGGCCACAGUUUCAACCCCAAACACACAUACCAGUUAUUUGGCGAGGAGCAGGAGAUAUUUGGUUACCGAAACCUCGAAAUCGACAUCCGGUAUCAUGCGAGCGAUAUGCGCCCAAACGUAUCCAUAAAAUACAGCAAGAAAUUCACCGCCGUGGGCGACACCCAAGCCGCGGACCUCGAUGGCAUCCUCCGCGAGGUCUUGCCCGAUGUCGCAUUCCAGAAGAAGUCCGACUUCGAAACAGCGAUCAAAAGUGCGCGGAAAGACUGGACACCUCCCGGCACCCUUGCGACAAGCUUCACGUCCCACGGCAACACAUUCGAGAUCUGGAAGGGCAACCUGGCGGACGUCGCAGUGAAGCAGUUGGUCACCCGCAUUCAAACGCUUGUUCCAUUCUUUAUUGAAGGCGGAACCCCAAUCGAUGUGGAGGACCCGGAUGCCGACCGAUGGACUGUCUUUUUCCUCUACCAAAAGCAGGAAUCUGCAAGCGACGACAGCGGGAACCCUUAUAUCUUUGCCGGCUAUUCGACAGUGUACCGGUUCUUCCACUUCCGGCCGCUCACGCCGCCCCAGUCUCCCACCGAAAGCGACAUCGAGAAGGCCACGCUCGCGCAAGAUUUCGACCUUUCCGAACUCCCCUGCCGCAGCCGGAUCUCUCAGUUCCUCAUCAUCCCCCUUUUCAAGAGCAAGGGGCUUGGGUCGAAACUGUACAGCCACAUCUUCCAGGAGUACAUCAACCACCCGCAGACCGUCGAGAUCACCGUCGAAGACCCCAAUGAAGCCUUCGACGACCUCCGCGAUAUCGCCGACCUGCACUACCUGCGCACACUCCCCGAAUUCCUGGCGCUGCGCAUCAACACCGACAUCACCAUCCCCGAGGCCGGCGCCGCACCCAACAACAUCGUCGAUAAGGACGCCGCCGAGGCGGUGCGCAUCAAGGCCAAAAUUGCGCCGCGCCAGUUUGCGCGCGUGCUCGAGAUGCACCUCCUCUCGACGCAACCCGCGUCCCUGCGGGAGUCAUUUGCCCAGCUCGCUGAGGCCUCGACAGCUGAGUCUAAGGCUUCUUCUUCUGCUACUGCCGCCGGGAAACCGGAGCGCGCAACGGCAGCGCAACUUCACGAGUUCCGCCUGUGGCGGCUGAUGCUCAAGAAGAGGGUGUACAAGCACAACCGGGACGCGCUGGGGGAGUUUGAGAUCCCUGAGCGUAUCGUCAAGCUCACUGAUGCGGUGGAUAACGUCAAGUUUGACUAUGAGCGGUUGUUGGACCGGGCGGAGCGGCAAUUGGAGGAGGAAAAGGAGGCGGUUGGGUCUGCUUCUACGUCGAAGGCGAACGGCUCUUCUGCUGCGGUUAAUGGGAAGCGCAAGGCGGUGGAUGAGGCGGAGGGCUCGGCUACCUUGAGUAAGAAGGCGAGGUUUGAGGAUGCGUGA